AUGCAUUCAUUUCACUUAUCUUCUUCACUUCAUUACCUUCAUCUUCUUACUGGCCCGGUUGCCUUCAAUGCCCCCUCCCGAGCAGCCUUCUUCACCUUCGUCUUUAUCAACACAUGACUCCUCGUCCUUGCACCAUCUACCCGAUGUUAUAGAAGUCCCCUUCGACAACCUUUUCACCCCUGAAACGGAAAUAGAAACAGAAAUAGAAGCACAGAGUAAAGGAGCUCAACUUAAUCAAAAAAGAAAAAGAGUUGCUGAUGUUUUACUAGAAAAGUCUAAGGAUGGCAAACUUCAGCACGGUUUAAUCAGCAAAGUUGCUGAGGAAUUCAGCUUUACAAGGAAAAAUGUGAGCAACAUUUGGCAAAUUCCUAAAGCACAAUUGGAGUCCGGCCUACCUAUUGAUGUUCAAUGCCAUUGGAAAGGAAGUUGUGGCAGAAAAAGGGUGCCUGUAGACAUGGAAAAACUGGCAGCUAUCCCGCUGUCUAGACGCAAGAACAUGCGUGCACUUAGCUUUGCCAUGGAGGUUUCAAAAUCCACAGUCCACCGAUGGCUAAAGCGCAAAGAUAUAAGGAGACAUUCAAGUGCUAUAAAGCCAUACUUAUGUGAGUCAGGUAAGCAAAAAAGACUGAAAUUCUGUCUUGACCAUAUAUGUCCUCAAUCACUCCCCAUAAGCCCAACUUUUCAUGAUUUUUAUGAUCACAUUCACAUUGAUGAAAAAUGGUUUGAAAUCACCAAAAAAAACACAACAUUCUACGCUCUGCCAGAGGAAUCUGACCCCUACAGAACCACUCAAAGCAAAAGCUUCAUACCAAAGAUCAUGUUCCUGGCUGCAGUAGGCAGGCCAAGGUAUGGGGAGGGUGGAGAUGUGUUAUGGGAUGGGAAAAUUGGCAUUUUCCCAUUCACUUUUGAACAGGCAGCGCAAAGGUCUAGUAAAAACAGGCCUGCAGGGACAUUGGAAACAAAGGCUGAACAAACUGUGAAUAGAGAUGUUAUGAAGAGAAUGUUACUGACUAAUUUGAUACCUGCAAUUAAGCAGAAAUGGCCUGGGUCAUCAAGGGAUAUUAUUAUCCAACAAGAUAAUGCUAAGCCUCAUGUGGAUGGCAAUGACCCUAAAAUUGUUGCUGCUGCUCAAGAAGGGGACUGGAACAUUCAACUGAAAUUCCAGCCCCCCAACAGCCCUGAUUUAAAUGUACUUGAUCUAGGAUUUUUUUAGAUCCAUUGACACAGUACAAGACCAAACAGCUCCUAGGUCAUUGACAGACUUGGUUAAGUCUGUUACAACAGCCUUUGAAGAACUAUCACAUGACAAACUAAACAAUGUCUUCUUAACUCUACAAGGGGUGAUGGGU